GCUGUCGAUCUCGAUCGGCGAUGCAGCGAGAAUUGACCGAGCCUCGUCCUGCGAUGGACAUUCACCCGGUCAUCAUCGACGGCCGCAAGAGAAGCGGGCUCCCCGUUGGUCCAGCCGCGCUCCCAGACAACAGGCUGGCAGAGCUGCUGGGCGGCCUCACGCUGGGCGAGCUCGAGUCGUGGCUGCUGUGGGAGCGGGCGCCACGCGGGGGUCUGCAUCGCGACGACGGCGACAGCGGCGGCGACGACGCCGGCGUGUGGGCGCGCAGGCCGCCGUGCGGGGCGGGCACAGCGCGCGCGGCGCCACGCUCCCUGGACAAGAGGGUCGUGCACAUGGCGCUGUCACGGUCCCGCGUGCUGCCGGAUCCGUACCAGCCCCUGGCGGCGCCCUGGCCUCUCCCGCGGCCCCUCCGAGGGGACGCGGUCGGCUGCAAGGGGGUCGACAGGGCCCCGGUGGCCACGUGUCCCCAGGUGACGGCCCGCUGCUCCGCGCCGCAGCCGACGCUGGCGUCGCCAGCCGGUGCGAUCACGCAGGCGGGUGGCCCACUCCGGGGCUGUGCAUUUGGUGGGGACGUCGCCCACCGUGGUGACGGUGGAGGCGGUGGCUGGCGACCACAACGGGAGCCCUGCUGGCAGCGAGACGGAGGUGGAGGCGGUGCCGGCUGCGGCAGCGGUGGCGCCGACAUGGGUGGGGGAGGAGGGAGAGAAGGUGGAAGAAGUGCCGGGGACAGCCUCGACCCGGACGGAUGCGGCUGGCUGCGUAAGAGCUCGUCGCUGGACAGCAGCCUGUGCCGCGUGGCGGCGGACUCGCACGGAGGCGACGGGGAGGCCGGCAAGCCGAAGCUCAAGCGCAAAGUGAGCUGGGGAGCCGCGGACAAGAGGCACUGCCAAGCCAAGAGGUUUGAGGGCGAUGUCGUGCGCUGGGCUCAGCAGCGACUGAGCCACAGGAGCCGCCGGAGCCGCAGCGCGGGAGCCUCCCCGCUCUCCUCGUCCGCUCGCCCUCGCUCGGUCGCCCUCAACUGGCCUCCGCCGGAGGAGAUGACGCAGCAGAUGCGCGACCUGCAGUUCAGCUCGCCGGCGGGGGGAUGUGGACCAGUGGCGUCGACCGUGGCACCGGCAGCGAGCAGCGGCGGCGGUGGCCCGUUAAACCUGGCGCCGCAGGCGUCGCGGCGUUCCGACGGCGCCUCCCCGAGCGCCGCCAAGCGCUUGUACCGCAACCUCUCGGACAAGCUGCGCGGCGCCGGCGGCAGCGGCUCGGACGAGGCGUGCGCGGUGCACACGCGGUCCGAGCGGGAGCGCGAGAGGGACCGGCAGCAGCGCAAGUCGGCGUCGCUGCCGAACCUGCAGUGCGGCGAGGCGCUGCUGGCGGCCGUGGAGCAGCAGGACAUGGAGGGCGUGCGCCUGCUGCUCGACCGCUUCUCUCCCGACGAGCUGGACCUGAACACGCCCAACAGCGAGGGCCUCGUUCCGCUCGACAUCGCCAGCAUGACCAACAACGUGCCCAUGGCGCGCAUGCUGCUGCGUGCCGGCGCCCGCGAGAGCCCGCACUGUGAGGCCCCCAGCGCGACGCCGCGUCGGCAACUCGUGAGCCUGGAGAGCCGGGCGCAGCACCUGAGCGCGCUGGCGCGCGAGGCGGAGCAACGCGUCGGGGAGCUGGCGGCGCAGCUCAUCAACGAGCCGGCCGGCUGCGACGCGUGCGAGCGCCAGCGCCAGCUCGCCGCCUGGGAGUGGCGCCACCGCCUCUACAAGCGCAUGCAGACCGGCUUCGAACACGCGCGAACCCCAGACGCCCCCACGCACGUGCAGCUGUGCGUGACGGGGAGCCACACACUGGCCGUCUCGUUCCAGGAGCCGCUGCUCAUCAACGCUGCCAUCGUCACCAAGUACAAAGGUGAGCGAGACGUGGGCCCCGCGUGCUGGAGACGUGGGCCCCGCGUGCUGGAGACGUGGGCCCCGCGUGCUGGAGACGUGGGCCCCGCGUGCUGGAGACGUGGGCCCCGCGUGCUGGAGACGUGGGCCCCGCGUGCCAAGUGA